GUGGUAUAUUUCUGAGGGUCGGACGGUAUAUUCUAUAACUGAGUCACGACGACGACAAAGAAAAAAAAAUUAUAAACAAAAAACAUUACAAACAAUGGCUACUUUAAAAGGUUGAUUAUCUGCGCAUUUCUCACAUGCCUGGGAAUGACCUUUCUAAUCUUGGCCUGUGCGGUGCCCACACCAAAGAUAUUCUACCCGUUCUUUGUCCUGCUGUUCUACGCACUGUCGGUGCUGCCAGUUUUCAUAGCCAAGCGAACAACGCCGGUAAAUGAGACAAAUCCAAAGACAGAGUUUGCCCUGUUCCUCACGGCUGGUAUGGUACUGAGUGCCUUUGCCUUGCCCAUCGUUCUAGCCCACUCGGCGGUGAUCACUUGGACAGCGUGCACAUUGACAUUAAUUAGCAAUGUUAUCAAUUAUGCGACCAUUUUCGGCUAUGCCAUGCACGAUGAGGAACAAUAUGGAAGCAUGUUCUAGGCGGAGGCUGUGAACUAAACGCAUUUUACUAGUAAGCACGCAUUCUGCACACUUCCUGGCAGACAUCAACCAAUCUCAUAAAUAACCAAGUGUAUUCAACAUAACAUAAACGGCACUCAAAAUAAACAAGUAGUUGAAAUUUGGCGUCGAAAUUGAGUUGAAGGUAA